AUGUCUCUUGUGAAGGCUUUGCCUGAAGAUUUGAAGACAAAGCUAAGCAUGGAUGAGGACUUAGUUUCUAGUCCCAAGGAAGCACUGCUUCGAGCCUCUACUGAUAGAGUUGCUAUGAGAAACAAGAACCUCAGAAGCAGUGGUAUAUCACAUUCAUAUACAAAUCAAGGAGACAAAAGCUACUCCAGGCUCACUGCAAUCCCUCGCAGCAACCCAAGGUACGAGGACAGAAAUUCAGAGCCUCAAGCAAUGCUAGCAAAUCAGGGAGUGAUUACUCAGUUUUCAGAACAGAUGUCGUCUCUAAAUGACAGAAUGGAUGAUUUUACGUCCCAACUUGAAGAAUUGAACUCCAAGCUAACAGUGAUAAACAAUAAUAGUAAUAGUUCUCCAAGCCCACAGCAGUGCAUAGGUUUGCAAGGCGGUGACGUGAGCAAUGGCUCCGCUCCUACUUCUUACUUCGUGUCUGGGUUAAGUAAUGGUUCCCUAGCCGGAUCCAAAUUGUCCCAUUCACUGUCACUUUCCCAGCUAGCUAAGGAUUCACCACUUCUGGAAGAGAUUGUGCGAGGACAACGCCAAGCCAUGCACAAGUUAGAUAGUUUAAGCAGUCUCCUGCAUGAGCUGACAGCAAAGAGGUCAAGGCAAGCCAAGAAAAGAAAGAAACUCAUUAUGCCUGACAUUGAUGCCAUAGGAGUACCCGUGGUCUUAACCCUAGCAAUCGGUGGUUUGGGGCUGUUACUGUUUAGGAGCUUCAUACUCAGGGUUAGCAGAGAACACAAGAAUCAUAGUUCUCUGCCUUUUUAA